UCGGCCACUGAUGUUUGCACGAAAUGGACGUGAAAAAUGCGAGGGCUGAGAGGAAGACUACAACAUGAAAACUUGCUCUGGUCGAUGACCUCUCGAUGACCCCUGAUCGAUGACGUCUCGCCAGUGACAGGAUGACAAUGUUACACUUUUUGACCUGGUCACUUGCUAUCAUUAGUUCAACUGUGUUAGGCCAGUUACGUGUGUGUUACGUAACCAACUGGACACACCAGAGGGAAUCAGAGGUGGCCAAGUUUGACUUUAAGGACAUUGACCCUUCCAUAUGCACCCACCUUAUCUACGCCUUUGGUGUUCUGGAUACCAGUUCCAGGACGCUAAGGUCACGGUGGCCAGAGACAGAGGAGUCACCAGGUGGACGAUACAGUAAGUUUAACGAACUGAAGAGGUCCAACCCAGGCCUGAAGACGCUUCUCUCUCUGGGGGGUCAGCAGGAACAUGGCGCAGGAUUCACAUCAGUCAGCCAGUCGGAAGAAAUAGCCGAGGCGUUUGCCGACUCGACCAUCCUGUUUCUCAGAAAAUUCGGCUUUGAUGGCCUGGAUAUAGACUGGGAAUACCCGAACAGUCAUACAAAGGAUACCUACGCGUUUUUGCUCAAGAUGCUGCGGUCUAGGUUUGACGUGGAGUCUGCCCACACAAGACAGGCUCGUCUGCUGCUGACCAUAGCGGCACCAGCCGGACGACAGUUCAUUGACCCCGGGUUUGACAUUCCAGAAAUAGCCAAGUAUGUGGAUUACGUCAACAUAAUGACGUAUGACUACACGUCACAGGACGCCAACGUCACAGCAUUCAACAGCCCGCUGUUCUCAACACCUGACGUCAGGUUUGACCCCACACUUAGCACGAACUGGACUGUCCACUACUACAAAGAGCUGGGCCUGCCCUUCUCUCAAAUGGUGCUUGGCAUUACCGGGGUUGGUCGUUGGUUGACGCUGGAAGAUGAAAAUGCCUUUGGUGUGGGUUCGAAAACCACUCGGCAGAGGCAGACUAGCAGUCACUAUCAGCUGGUGAACGGUAUGACCUACCCUGAGAUCUGUCUAGUCGUCAAGAGACAGCCUGGUGCCAGACGUUACUUCGAUGACGUACAGAAGUCCCCGUACCUGGUGUGGGGUAACAACUGGGUAGGGUACGAGGACCCCGAGAGUGUCCGCAUCAAGGCUAAAUGGACUAGAAGCCUGGGCGUGGCUGGCAUUAUGAUGUGGUCGUUGGAUCAAGACGACUUCAGCGGGAAGUAUUGUCAAGGGGAACGGUUCCCUCUCCUUAAUGCUGCUAAAAAAGUCUUCGAUAGCUUCCCCUCUCCUGAGGUCACUGUCAAGACUGACCCAACUUUAAACCUGGCUACCACACCUCCACACCAACCACACUCGCCAACCACAAUUCUAACAGCCACCAAGUCUACAAGAAACGGCUGCUCAACGCUGGUUGUUGACGUCACUAUUGGGUGCCUGACUUAUUUGAUCUCAGUUGUCUGAUUUUUUGUUGUUGUUAUGGCUAUUGAAUCUUCAUAGCAGAUUUAUGCAGUCUUUAAGGCCUUAAGGUCAGUGUGUUUUAUAGUUAUGGUUGAUUUUUUAAUUUGAUGUUAUGGAUGAAUAGUUUCGUCGUUAAUGCUGAUUAUCAGUUGAUACGUUUUACUGUUAGUACAAUGUUGUACAUAAGCAUUCAACUAACCAAUCAAUGGAAGUAUUUUCAAUCAACUAAUUAAUCAAUGGAAGUAUUUUCAAUUAACUAACCAAUCAA